AUGGCGGCUGAUUUGACAUACGAAGGUUGUAACUUCUUUCGUCUAAGACUUGUUUUAGGGACACUUAGUGGAAAAUCGGUAAAGAUUAAAAACAUAAGAGCUAAUGAGGACGAUCCUGGGUUAAAAGGUCAGAAGUUUUUAUUCACUUUAGAUCACAUUUAGCAGCUAGGGUUUGUUUAUUUCUCUUUUUGAUAGACAGCCAGUCUCCACCGAACAGUUUUCAAACUCUCUCAUUUCUCAUCAUUUCAUCUAAAGCGUGUUUUUCUUAAUAGAUUUUGAAGCAAGUUUUAUACGACUUCUUGACAAGUUAACGAAUGGAUCUAGAAUAGAGGUGAAUGAAACAGGUACAGUGAGGCUCGUACCAGUACAUUAUGGAUUCUUAAAAAUUUAUCCGGUGUGUGUGUGAAGUGGGGACCUUUCUGGGAGGGAGAUGAAAUUGCUAUUGUCCUAAGUUCUGCUACAACCAGUAAAGUGGGUGACCUGUGGCUCACUAUUCUUUUCCUCUUAUGUAACUUACAUCAACUGAAAAAAAAUGGGCCUGUGCAAGAAAUGACCCACUCAAUUUUUUGAGAAGGUGUUUUGUGAUGGGUUAUCUCCUAUCAUCAUUGUGUUGGACAUAAAUCACUUGCAUGAUUUUUAUGGGACAAUGUUGAUUGGGUGGUUCCCGGUCAAGUAUUGGUCUUCCCUGCUGAACUUGAAGGGGCAAAUGGCAUUAUCUUCAACUUACCAAAGGACAAGGAGUCUAGGAUUGAGAUAAGAUGAAUGUACUUCCCCUAGGGUUUCCUCUCUAUAGGCUGCUUUUCACUGUUGACGGAGUCGGAGUCAGUAUCGUAAGCUGAUGUGUAAGUUCGUAGCUGAAAGUCAUAAGUGUGUUUAAAUUGGAGUUAGAAGAAUCAGAACAUCUGCAUUUUCGUCUUACUCUGCUUACAACUCCAUUGCUUACAAUCUAGUGAAAACCAGAUUGUUGGAGUCGGAAGCAGAAGCUGAAGGAUAAACCAAUCUCAAUGCACGUUCCUAUGCUUUGUGAUUGAUUUAGUUUUUCUGCUUCUGCUUGUGACUCUGACAACCAAGUUUUCACUUGAUCAUGAGUGAUGGAGUCGUAAGUGGAAGCAGAACGCUGUUCUCACCAGAUUGUUAACUCCUAUGCUUCUGAUUACAACUCUGACUCUGACUCCAACUCCAUCGCUAGUGAAAAUCAGCCUUGCAGUAGCCUUUAUGGGGAGAGUCCAUCAACAAAUUUCAAUCUAACUUUAAAAACUGUCACUUUUUAGGUACAAUGUUAUUUUAUAAGCCUGGUCUCUUAGCUGGGGGUCCUGUGGAGCAUGUCUGCAAUCCUCAAAGAUCAGUCGGUUACUACUUAGAGGCAGUGGUCAUGCUGGCACCUUUUUGCAAGAAACCACUUAGAUUAAAUCUGAAAGGAGUUACCAAUGAUAGAUAUGACCCUACGGUAAGAGAGAAAAAUGUCAUGCUGCAGAACCAUUUUAUUGUUUGUUGUUGUAAAAAUUAUUGUUGCUGUCAUCGCCUGGCAUAGCAAAUGAUAUUAGUGAAAUACAGGUCAUAAAAUAAUUUUGCAACUCUUGUAUGAUGAAUGUUGAUUUUUUAUCCAAAUUCUGGUUUUACAUGUACAUCUUGCCAUUUUUAUAAAUCUUUGACAAAAAGUCCUUGCUGCCAGUCCUUUGAUUAUAAGCAAUCAUCAUGUUAAUAUCAAAAGGCAAUGUUUGUUUUUUGUUUUCUCCUUUUCUGAUUAUCUUUUGAUAAUCGAUUCCUUUCAGUAAAAACCAUAAUUUUAUUAAUCCGUUUUAGGUUGAUAUCAUCAAGACGGUCACCAUACCUUUGAUCAAGAAAUUUGUAGUUGAUGAUGAGGGGCUUGAUCUUAAGGUAUUCAUGCAACCAUUUACAAGUGUACUUUAGGCGAUAGAGAUGAAGUCGACCUAUAACAGUGUAUGAGUGUCAGACAGUUCAACAGACUAAAAUAGAUUACUUUGUUGAACAUUCUUGGUUUUUUUUUAUGGGAGGGGUGUUUGGAUUCCUAAGUUUCAAGAUUUUCUCCAAGAUAAGCCAUACUGCAUGUUGUCAACAAAAAUCUAGGGGGAGUAGGUGUGGUUUAUGUACCAGUGUCAACAGUAACUGUUACUUAUUUCAAUUGAUUAUUUGACAACAGUAUCACUGUGUUUGCUAAAGGCAUUAAUGUGAUAUUUAACCUGGUAUAUGAACUAGAAAAACCUGAAUCGGGGUUGUUGACUUUGCAGCUGGCUAAGACCAUGCGCGGUACACUCGCUUUAUGCGGAACAAGAUUAUAAAUUCACUUCAGAAUAAACUAAAGUGUUGUUUAUUUACAUUGAAUGUUGCAGAUACUUAAAAGAGGGGCACCUCCCGAGGGGGGAGGGGAGGUGACUUUCUCUUGUCCUGUAAGAAAGAGUUUGAGAAAGAAUACAGAUUAAAACGGAUAAGAGGACCUAUCCAUGUGAUGACAGUUAUUUUUCUGAUGUACAAAGAUAUUUAUGUAAAUGGUAUCGGAUAACCCUUUAGGCCCCAGUAUCCAAACAAAUUCUCCAAAUGAUCUCUAUGAUUUUUCAAGAAUAAGUUGGGAGAAUUAUAUCUGCAUGUGAUCAUUUUAUUAAUUCUCAUAACCUAAUCUCUUGACAUUGUAUGGAUAUCGUUAGGAGAAAAUUGACGUUAGACACUAUUGGGACUUAAAGGGUUAAUAUAAUAUGCCUAAAAUGGCUCUCAAUUAAAGUAGUUUGCUUACCAUCAAUGUGUUAUUUUAUUGAAAUACACUGUCAAUUACACUGAAUUGCUUCAGAAAACAUCUAUACUCUUACCCCCCUUGCCUUACCACUCCUUAAUGUCCUUCCGGCAAAUAUUAGAAACUGUAGCGAUUUCAGAGUAUAUUGUAGGGAAGUUAAUGCCUCUAUUACAUAAUAUUUGUAAAUAGUUUGUAAAUUGCAUGUAGGAUUGUAUUUAUAUUACUAAUCUUUAUUACAUUUUUAUUUUUUUAUACAAUAAUCCUUUUAUAGUCCAAUAUUAUUGCUUUUUAUAUUUGUAGAUAAAUUUCAAUUUUUUUUCUUUUUGUUGUUUAUUAUAGUUUUUUUAUUUUUUAUAUUGUAGUUUUUUAACAGGUGAAGAGCCACUAGGUGGAUACACUGUUAAUAAACCAUUAUUAUUAUUAUUAUUAUUAUUAUUAUUAUUAUUACUCUAGAAAUUUUGCUUUUGGUUCAUACUUUCCUUUGAAGAUUUGGCAAAAAUUUUGGUAAAAUCUCCAAUGACACUUAGAGGGAUGGGAUGGGUAUGGUUAUUUUUCAUUUCUUAUUCCAUCUGACACAAUAAAUCAAACUGCAAUUUGAUUGGUUGAUUCCAGUUUCUUCCGUGUCACCUGCAAUAUGCAAUGAUUUGAUGCUAACGUGGUGUGCUGAAUCAGUUUGUUUCGGACAUCUAUAUUUACACAGAUCACUGCAAAGGAGCCCAGUCUGGAAAGUAUGCGCAACAUUAACUCUUUAAGCCCCAAUAUCCACAUACAAAUUCUCCAAACUGAUCUCCAUACAUCUCCUUUAACAAUAUUACUUGAGAGAAUUUGAUCAAAGAUCAAAGCAUUUUCUCUAUCGGGAUCAUUUUAUUAAUUCUCAUAACUUUAUCUCUUGACAGUGUAUGGAUAAUGUUAGGAGAAACUUGUUGUUGGUCACUAUUGGCACUUAAAGGGUUAACCUCAUUUGUUACUCUCUGAGGACUCAAAAAUUUUGUAAGAAAUAAAAAAUUGAAUUUUGCAAAUAAGAAAGAAACUGACUGUGUGAAGUACUGUAGAAGGAGUUUUUUUUAUACAGCCAAACUUGAAGAAUUUUUCCUCACUGUCAAAAUAAUAUUAAAAUGGUGUAAGGAGAAGACCAACCCUGAGGUCCUGAAAAAUGUUUGCCUUGUCAGUCAUCACAGUGCAGAAUCAAACCCAGUUUUGUAAACUAAGAGAAAAAAGGAAAUUUUCUGACUAAGCUACCAUGCACAUUGUCUUGAUUAUAAGUACUGACUAUUGUUUCUUGUCAGUUCCAUAUGAAAUGAAUGGAGAACACUUUUUAGAGGCUGAGGGUGGAUUUCCACUAUCUAGUAAUUUUUUUGUGUGCGAAUGCAUUUAAAAUUUACACGUGUAUAUAAAACAGAGGUGAUGUAUGGAAGGUCACACCUGUAAACGUUAAAAUUGAGCAAAAAUUAUGCAACAGUGGAAACCAAACUCAAGGUCUGGUUUUUUGUUAAUUUGUGCAGAUCUCCAGGGUUCGGCAUUUCCUUGGUGGCAGAAUCAACAACUGGCUCCAUUCUGAGUAUACAGACUGCAUCUGCCCCAGUGGGGGAAGGACAGUCAGUUGUUCCUGA